CAAUUCGUAAUUGUCAAUAAUUGUUCGGUUAUGUAUUUUCUUAUUUAAAAUUGAUAAUCGUUUUGCAAACUGAGGUACUGGUUUUUAAUUUGUAAUUCACCAGUCAUUCAAUAUGGAAGAACAUUUCGAUGAUGAAAAAGAUGAAUCAAAUGUGUGUCGUUUAUGUCUCGGCUCCGCCAAUGUCACAGUUCACAUUGGACAUCAUUCUGUCAAAUCUACAUCAAUCGUCGAAAAAAUUCAUUACUGCACUUCUCUAGUGGUACAUAGUCAUAUACUUUAAUUAUUUAUUAUUUCUAAAACAUUUUUGUAUUCUUAUAUGAAAAAAAAAAAAAACUUAAAUGCACUCUUCGUUAUUAUUUCUUGUUUACAUACAUUAUUGGUUAUUAAAUACAUUAAAAUAUUUAUAUCAAAUUUUGAUUAUGUUGGUAGUUAUAUUGUAGGUUUAUGCAGUUCAUUUUUAGUAUUAUGAAACAAUUCGCAACUGAGACUUAUUGCUUAGUUUGAGAUUAUAAACCGUGACAUCACGGUAGCAUUUUGCCAUCUCUGUCUUGUACAACAGGUUAUAUAGAAAAUGUGUUUUCAAAGUUUUAGCAGUACUCUGGCUCAAAUUGAUGCUCGAAUAGACUUAACAAAAGUUAAUUCACCAAAUAAAAUACUUAUGUGUUUAUUAAGUUUUCACUGAGAGAUUUUUUUUGAUAUCUAAUUCUCAGACAAUUACUAAAGAAGUUUUGAAAUUAUUAUUAUUUUUUUUUAAUCUUUAUAUAAGAUUAUACAAAGUAAAUAUUAAAAAUCUUUGUGUAAACUUAAAUAAUAUCUCUAAGUUGAUGAUAUCAUUUUUUUUAUCGGUUUUUCGGUUUUAGUCUAUUUCAGAGUUAAGAGUACCAUUUAAACUCUGAAAUACAUUUUUAUUUUUAUAGAUUGCCUGUUAGAAAGACUGUGAUACAAAAUGUAUUUGUGAAGUACUCGUAAAUGAAUACACUACAGAAAUUUUAGUAGGUAUAUAUUUUAUUAAGAUGUAUUACUGGAUUAGUUUAAACUGCAUAAUAUGUAUUUAUUGUUAUUUUUUUAUUAUUUCAAUGUUUUCAAUGUUUUAAAUUACAUAAUUACUUUAGAUAAACUGUACUUGAUUCAAAUUUAGUUGUAUACAAAUUUUGAUUAAAAUAAAUGAUUUUCAGGUAAAAGUAGGUGAUGGUUUCCCUCAAAAUAUUUGUACCACUUGUGCAGACAAUUUAGAUUUAACAUAUAAUUUUAAAAGUAAAGCAAUAUCAAGCGAUUUGGAAUUAUCAAAAAAUGUGCACAGAGAUGCACAUUUUACUUACACUCAAGUAUCAGAUGAUCCAUUAAAUGUAAGUAUUAUGAAGUAUGAAUAACAUUUAUUUGUUUUAUUCACAUAAUAUUGUAUAUUUAUUAAUGAUACAGAUAUUCCUUGAAUUUAACAAAAUUAUUUUAUUUUUAUUUUUCUAUGAUGGAAAUUAUUCACUGUGAAUAUUGAUUAAAUAUACUUAUAUUUGAUCAAUAAAUACCAACUCAGAUGAUCAAAAAGAUAAAAAAAUAAUGUUGUUUAUAGGGAUAACAUUAACUUAUUGAUAUCUGAAAGAAAUAUAGUUAAAUUUUAGACAUUUCAAAAUGUAACAUUUAGUUUUAUUAUGUUUAUUGAUUUUAAAAAAAAAAAUAUAUACUUGUUGAGAAAUAGUUUUUCAAAUAACAAAAGAAAAUGAAUUUGUUAGUGUAGUUGUAAAUGUUAAUAAUAAACAAAAAUUAUAUUUUUAUAAAAUUUGAAAUAUUAUUGCUGUACAACCUAACCAUACAGUUCAUUGAUAUAAAUUUGAUAUAAAUAAUAUUAUUGGUGUAAUCUAAUAAUAACUAUGUGUAAAAAAUAUAAUAUAAUAUAUGAAAUUUAAGUUCAGAAAAUGUAUAAUUACACAAAGUGAAUUUAAUUUUUAGAUGACGUAUAAGCUAGACUUGGAAGAUCAAGAUACUUCAAAAGAUUUAGUUGAUAGUUGCGUAUAUAACAUAGUUGACGGUGAUGAACUGCAAAUUGAACAAGUUAAUAUUACAACUGAUGAACCUAAAAGUCUAUUGACAAUGCUUACAAAACCUAUUAAUGACAAUGAAAGUACAAUUUCAGUUAUUAUAAAUAAUGAAUCUCAAACUUCAAAAGUCAUCAUAAAUGAAUCAAAUGAUGAUUUGAAUAAAUGUUAUGAUACUUCUGCUAAUAAUGUAUGUAUAUUAUUUUACAUAAUAAUAAAUAUUUUAUUUAAGUUUGCCAUGUUUAUUUGUUUUAGAAAAUGAAAAAUGUAGCAGCUGAUAUUAAACGAAAUCAAAUUAAGACCUCAUUGAACGAUGAAAAUAUAAAAUCAAAAAAAAAAAAAACUGAUAAUAAUGCAGACAAUGACAAACCGCUGCUCAUUGUAAAAAAUGGUAAAGUUGUAUACAUUUGCAACAUAUGUGAUUAUGAAGCAGACUCUAUGGCAUUCUUACUUAGCCAUCGAACUCGUACGCAUUUUGAUACUGGUAGUUUCAAAUGUACUGAGUGCCUUACUUAUCACAAAACUGCUGGAUUGCUAAAGCGACAUAUGUCAUUAUACCAUGAUGUUACUCAUGUCUGUAAAUAUUGUGAUAAACGAUUUGCAAGCAAACUAAGUCUUGAUCGCCAUGUAAAUUGCACUCAUAAUAUUACUCCAUUAGAGUUUCAAUGUGUCAAAUGUAAUGCUUAUUUUGAUACCAUAGACAAAAUGGAAAACCAUUUAGUAGUGCACUAUAUAAAUCAUUCAAGUACCUUUAGCUGUAAUCACUGUGAUCGUAAAUUUUCUACAUAUGCGGCAAAAAAUAAACAUAUCGAUCUUGAACACAUGGUUGAAAUUGAAUGUGAUAUUUGUCAUGUAGUGUUACCAAAUAAAGAAGCCAUGGAUAAACACACUAUUUCUGUACAUCCACCGAAAAAAAAAGGAAAUCAAAUGUAUGCGUGCACAACUUGUGGACAAUAUUUUUCUUCCAUUAAAGAUAUUUUAAUUCAUAGAGAAACUCAUACAUCUAAAUAAAGUAAAAGUCUACAUGAUUUAUGAAACUGUUUAUUUUUUUACACUAUGACUGAAUUGUUUACAUUUUUAAUGUUACAGAUAAAAUAUUAUAUCUAGGACAAUCAAUAAAAAUAUGCAAAAGCAUAUAAAUUUCUGCCAUUGUUAUAACUUAUAACUGUAUGAAAUAACUCAAUUUAGGACAAGUCUCCAUUUUACUAUUACUGUUUUG